AUGGCCGAAAAUACCGAAAACCUUCUUAAGAUUUCUAACAUCGAAGUCGGCGCAGAAUCACUUCUCUUUUCGUCAAAAUCCUUUGAAUUUAUUAAAUCUUUUAGUCGUAUUCUUAUAAGCUUCGGACUAUCCUUAUUUUACUUCGACCUUCAACUUGAACUUUUACCGCUACUUCUAUCGGAAACACUUGCUUCGGAAAUGCCUCUUAAAAUAAACACCGGUCUUAAGAUCUAUACCAUUCCUCUUCCUUUUGCUCCUCUUGCUCCUUCAUUAAGCUUUGCGCUAGUUAUAGUCGACUUUGCUAUCCUUCACGCUUUUAUAAUUACUCGCAUGCUAUUACUAAGCGCUUUAAGAGCUCUUUGCUUUAGUAAUACUAACAUCACCGACUUCAUCGAGAACAAGACCGAACAAAGCCGCUUAUUCUUCUUCGGAUUGCUCGUCGGAAUCCGAAACAAAACGAUCAAGUAUUAUAAAGUCGACGAACUCGACUUAGACUUUUAUACCGCCUUCGAUGACUUCGCUGCAUUCGCUUUUAAGACCGACCAAAGCGCUAAGACUAUCGAAGUUAUAAAUCGAAAAAAGUCUUUUUUAGCUAACUUUACUAAAGAUAUUCGGACUUUAGUUAAAGAACACACGGAGCUAGCUAGCGUUCUUAAGUCUGUUAAGAAAGCCUUAGUAGUAAUGCCGUUUACUCGUGAACUACGGUUUACGAUGCGAUCUAUAAUCGAAUUGAUUACUUCGAAGACUAAGUCGCUAACUCAACUUCCCGACGCUUUAUUCAAUCUUAAUUUUAAGUUCGAUUCGAAGACCGCGACGAAGCCUUUACUAAAUAUACCGCUUAAGAUGCUCGAAAUAAAGUCAGCUUCGAAAGAGGAGUUCAGAUUGCUGCUAUCGACUACGGAUUACAAGGACGAAGAAAAAGAAAAAGUAGAAGAUACGAGAGCUAAAUGCAAGAUUAUAGCUUUUGCGAGAACUCCGAAGACACAACUUAAGCUUCUUAUUAAUACCGGGAUAAGUAUAAGGCCUUCAAAGACAUAG